AUGGUCACCAGUGGUAUCAUCUACCACGUCCUCCGACUCCUGUCAAUGCCAGUCGAUAUCCGAAACAUAUGCGUCCUUUUAGCUCCUGGAUUCUCUGGUCUUACCGCAUUUGCAUCAUACCUGAUCACGUCGGAAAUGACGACCUCUCCGUCUGCCGGUCUGCUUGCAGCUGUCUUUAUGGGCAUCACACCUGGAUACAUCUCAAGAUCCGUUGCUGGAAGUUACGACAAUGAGGCUAUUGCCAUCUUUCUGCUCGUGUUCACCUUCUUCUUAUGGAUCAAGUCCGUCAAAAAUGGUUCGGCCAUGUGGGGAGCGCUGACCGCUCUGUUCUAUGGAUACAUGGUCUCAGCAUGGGGCGGCUACGUCUUCAUUACCAAUUUGUUGCCACUUCAUACGUUUGUGCUCAUAUGUAUGGGAAGAUACAGUCCCAGACUUUACGUAAGCUACAGCACAUGGUUUGCCCUCGGCACCUUGGCCAGCAUGCAGGUUCCAUUCGUCGGCUUUUUGCCCAUUAGAAGCAGCGACCAUAUGUCGGCACUAGGUAAAUUUGGGCUCAAGGAUGAAGACUGUGGCAAUAGACUGACUGUUCCAGGUGUCUUCGGCCUUCUCCAACUGGUGGCCUUUGUGGAGUUCAUUCGCCAGCAAGUUCCCAACAAACAGUUUCAGACCCUACUUCGGGGCUUGAUCUUUGUAGUUUUUGUAGUGUCUAUGGGUGUUUUGGUUCUCCUGACGGUCUCGGGAGUCAUAGCUCCGUGGAGCGGUCGCUUCUACUCGCUUUGGGACACUGGCUACGCAAAGAUCCACAUUCCAAUUAUUGCCUCGGUGUCUGAGCAUCAGCCAACCGCAUGGCCUGCAUUCUUCUUCGACCUCAACCUGAUGAUUUGGCUCUUCCCCGCCGGCGUCUACAUGUGCUUCCAGCAGCUGAAGGAUGAGCAUGUUUUUGUUGUCAUAUACGCAGUCUUGGCCAGCUAUUUUGCUGGCGUCAUGGUUCGUCUGAUGCUGACCUUGACGCCGGUCGUUUGCAUUGCGGCUGCACUAGCACUUUCAAGCAUUCUGGACACCUACCUCGUGGCCGAGAAUCCGAUCCCAAAGGAGCCUCAAUCUAACGGUCAGGCCCGUGGUGACAGCGUCAAAAGUACCACCGAUAUGAUCAAAGAUUCGUUGAGAUCGACGCGGAAUCCCAUCUUAGGUAUCUACUCGUACAUAUCCAAAGCCUCCGUCGUUGGAGCAGUGACGACGUAUCUAUUGUUAUUCGUGCUCCACUGCACUUGGGUCACCUCGAACGCUUACUCUUCUCCGUCUGUUGUGCUUGCCAGCAAGCUCCCUGAUGGAAGUCAGCACAUUAUUGAUGAUUACCGCGAAGCCUAUUACUGGCUUCGACAGAACACUGCGGACAAGGCCAAGAUCAUGUCCUGGUGGGAUUACGGCUAUCAGAUUGGUGGCAUGGCAGACAGACCCACGCUGGUCGAUAACAACACGUGGAACAACACGCACAUCGCGACUGUCGGAAAGGCGAUGAGUUCUAGGGAGGAAGUCAGCUACCCGAUUCUCCGACAACAUGACGUCGAUUAUGUGCUGGUCGUCUUUGGGGGUCUCUUGGGCUACUCCGGUGACGACAUUAACAAGUUUCUAUGGAUGGUUCGCAUUUCUGAAGGUAUCUGGCCCGAAGAAAUCAACGAGCGUAACUACUUCACCGCCCGAGGCGAAUACCGAGUUGAUGACGAGGCUACCCCAACCAUGCGGAACAGCUUGAUGUACAAAAUGUCAUACUACAACUACAACGCUCUGUUCCCGGCUGGGCAGGCGCAAGACCGGGUGCGAGGGUCGAAGCUCCCUGCUGACGGUCCUCAGCUGAGUACUUUGGAGGAAGCAUUUACGAGUGAGAAUUGGAUCAUCCGGAUCUACAAGGUCAAGGAUCUUGACAACGUGGGUCGAGAUCAUGCCAGCGCGGUUGCUUUCGACAAAGGCAACAAGAAAAAGAAAACGGCCAAACGACGAGGGGCCAGGGUGCUCCGGGUUGAGUGA